GUUAGGUUUGGGUCCGGAUUCCGGUCAGAGGAUUCCAAAGCUUGCCCAGAAAUUGUGAGCUUGCCAGGCCUGAAAGCACAGGCGCUCACAGGGACGACCCAGUCCAUUCAGGACAAUGCUAUCAAUUUUCAAGGAGGAUCCUCAGCUGGGUGCGCAUGAAUCCAACAUCAUGCACCGAAUCAACGCCUUCCGUGGCUGGAAGGAACAGUUCAGGACGAGCGAAGGUGGCAUCGAGCAGUUCGCCGAGGGAUACAAGACCUUUGGAUUUCAAAGGCAUGAGUCUGAGAACAAGUGGACCUUCACAGAAUGGCUGCCGGCAGCGAGGAAGGUGUACCUGAUCGGCGAUUUCAACAACUGGGACAAUACUCAUCCGCUUACUCCAGGUGAGUUUGGGCGUUGGAGCAUCGAUCUGCCCGACAAGCGUGACGGCAAAUGGGCAGUGCCCCACAGGUGUGAAAUCCGUUUGCGAAUAGAGACCGAGUUCGGCAAAGUGGAGCGUGUGCCUGCUUGGUCUAAGUUGGCACGGCAGAAUUCUGACGUGAACGUCUUCAACGGCGUGAUGUGGGAGCCAUCUCCCUCGGCGCGCUAUGUGAUGCGACAUGCAAGGCCGCCGCGCCCACAGAACCUGAAGAUCUACGAAGCCCAUCCAGGCAUCGCAGGAAAAGAGGAGCGAAUUCACACGUACUUGGAAUUCAAGGAGAUCCUGCCCCGCAUCAAACGUCUCGGCUACAAUGCUUUGCAGGUCAUGGCAGUGGCGGAGCAUGCUUGGCACGGCUCCUAUGGUUACCAUGUCACCAACUUCUUCGCCCCAGCAAGCAGACUGGGCACGCCGGACGAGCUCAAGGAUCUGGUGGACACGGCCCACGCCUACGGCCUGACGGUGAUUAUGGACUUGGUGCAUGCGCACUGCUCUUCUGACCAGGUGGAUGGCCUCGCUGCCAUGGAUGGUACCGACAACUGCUACACGCAUGGCGGAAGCAAGGGCAAGCAGGAGCAAUGGGGCACCUCGCUGUUCGACUACGGCAAGUACGAGGUCCUGCGCUUUCUGUUGUCCAACCUCCGGUGGUGGAUCGAGGAGUACGGAUUUGACGGCUUUCGCUUCGGAGGAGUCACCAGCAUGCUGUACCACUCCCAUGGCAUCGGCAAGUCGUUUGGCCAUGACUACCACCAGUACUUUGGGAUGGAUGCCGACAUCGAGUCCAGUACCUACCUGAUGCUCGCGAACUACCUCGUGAAGAAGCUGCUGCCGCGCUCCGGCGUGACCAUCGCUGAGGAUUCGUCUGGCAUGCCCACUCUAUGCCGACCCGUUGAGGACGGAGGUUUUGGCUUUGACUACUGCAUGGCCGUGCAAGUGCCUGGCCUGUGGACCAAAAUGCUGCAGGAGCAGCACGACGAGGCCUGGAGCGUCAGCCGGAUGGUGAAACACCUGCAGAAGAAGCGGUUCAAGGAGCCCUGCAUCGUCUAUGCGGAGUGCCAUGAGCAGGCCAUCGAGGGCCGGACGCUGGCCUCGUGCCUCAUGGGCGCCGAGAUGUGCUCCCACAUGAGCCUGCUGGACCCGGAGAGCGAGGUCAUCGAACGGGGCCUGGCCUUGCACAAGAUGAUCCGCCUAGCCUCUAUGGCGCUGGGUGGAGAGGGCUACUUGAACUUCAUGGGCAACGAGUUUGCGCACCCCGACUUUGUGGCGCUGCCCUCCGAAGACAACGGCUGGAGCCAUGAGCACGCCAUCCGACGCUUCGAUUUGCCGGAGUCCGCCGACCUGAAGUACAAGUUCUUCGAGGCCUUUGAGGAGGCAAUGCUGGCCCUGGAGAAUCGCUUCAAGUUCAUGACCUCUCAGCACCACCACUGCGCCCGCAAGGAUGAUUCCGACAAGGUCCUGGUUUUCGAGCAUGGGGACUGCCUUUUCGUCUUCAACUUCAGCCCCAAGAAGAGUUUCACGGAGUACCGCGUUGGACAUUCCUGGGACGAGGGCCUGCGAGUGGUGCUUGACUCGGAUGAGCCGCGCUUCGGCGGCCAGAACCGACUGCAGUGGGGCCACGAGAACACUCUCGAGCUGCUCGACGGAUGGGACUCGAGGCCGUUCUCUGUCACGAUGCCCGUCCCCAGCCGCACAGUGCAGGUCCUGGUGAGGGAGUCACUCCUGGAGGGCGGCGUGACAGUUCGGCUCGGUACGGGCCCAACCUCUGCUUGGCCCUUCCCAGCAGGAGAGCUGCUUCUGGCCACCGUUGACACUGACGGAAAUGUGGUGCAGGUGCUGAACUUUGCAAUGUCCCAGGGCGCGCUGAUGGUGAAGCUGCCGGGACCAUUCGCGGCCUUCAAGGUGUAUUGGGAGGUCCAGAAGGGCGGAGUGACCCGCGGUGCAUCGAACCGAUCCGCCAAGAAGGUGAAGCUGCCGUUUGCGCUGGACACCUAUCGGGUCCACUUUCCCGGAACCUACGUGCUGGACUGCUUCGGCAAUUUGAAAGGUGUGGAGGACGGCGCGGCAAGCUCGGCCUUGCAGGGCGAUGGUGUGCCCCCAGGGUGCAAAGAUGUACCUGCCUGCCUGAGUCGGCCGCAGUACGUCCGCCGAACCCCGAUGGUGACCCCCGCACAGUCAGAGCCGGAGGAGCCGAAGAGCGAGCCGAAGCGCCAGACAGAGCCAGACCAGUUCGUCCGAACUCAGCCGCAGCCUGAGACGCCGGAGGCACCGGUUGCGCUGGAGGAGGAGGAAGCAGCGCCGGAAGCGGAGGAAGCAGCGCCGGAAGCGGAGGUUUCCGCAGCUCAGGAGGCGCCCGUGUAUGAUGAGAUGCCGCAGGCCAGCUUGAGCCAGAUGUCCUUCGCGGAGUCAUCCUUGGAGGCGCAGACCUCCCGGGAGACACAGACCUCUCAGGAGACACAAACGUCUCAGGAGACUCAGGAUGGGACCAGCACCAGCCCGGAAACCUCCGUGCAGGCGACUGAGGGCCAGGUCAUAGAGGAGUUGGACAAGGCCACUGUAGCUGAGGUACAGGCCGGAGCCACGUCUGGAGCCUUGACGAAGAAGGGCUCCCUCUCGUUGCUGCCGGAGCUCAGCGAUUCCCCGCUGAAGGCCGAGAUGAAAGAGGAGGUCGUUGAGGAGGUCCCGAAGCAGAGGCGCAGGUCUCGGAAGGUGAGGGAUGCCGCGUCCAAGACCAUGGAGAAUGGACAGGUGCGGCGGUCGCGUUCCAAGAAGGAACCAAAGCCGGUGCUGCAGGAGGCGGAUCUGGCUUGGCUUCAGGGCGCGAGGAAGGUGCCUCUGCAGCAGGACUCGGUGAAGCAGCCGGAGCCGGAGCCGGGGGCGACGCGCGUGAAGUCGACCCUGCAGGUCGCGAAGCGGCACUCCAGAAAGGAGGCCAGCGACUUCCUGGCCACCUGCAAGGACACCGCGCUGGAGGCCGAGCCGGAGCUCCAGGAGCCGAAGACGCCUCGCAAAGAUCGGAAGCCCUCCAUGUCCUGCCGGGGCAAGUCGAUGUCGCAGCUGCCGGAGCCGGAGUCCUCCAAGGCAAGCGACGAGACAGUGGAGACCGAGCAGGAACGCAAAGGCUCGAUGCGAAGAAAGGCUUCAAGGUCUUCCAUGGAUGAGGAUGAGAAGAAGUCUGAGAAGUCUGGCGAGGAGCGCCGCUCGAGGAGGAAGGCUUCAGGGCCAGCCGAAGAGGCUGACAAGAGAUCGGAGAAGUCUGGCGAGGAACGCAAGAGGUCCACGAGAAGAAGCGCUUCGCGGCCCUCCCUGGAGGAUGACAAAAAGUCAGAGAAGUCUGGCGAGGAGCGCAAAAGCUCGAUGAGAAGAAAGGCAUCCAAAUCUUCCCUGGAGGAGGACGAUAAGAAGUCUGAGAAGUCUGGAGAGGAGAAGUCCCGCAGGUCUCAGGAGAAGGUUGAGAAGUCCAGGUCCGAGCGCUCCGAGCGCUCCGACCGGUCCCAGAGGUCCGAGCGCUCGCAGGAGCGGAGGACGAGGAGCUCCCGUCGCGGUCCCGCGGAGACUCAGGAUGCGCAUGCCAUCGCCGAGGCAGAGAGGCUGGCGCAGGAGGCCGCGCAAAGACAAGCGUACGAGCUUGAGCAGGCACACUUGAGGGCGCAAGAGGAAGCCAGGAUCAGGGCAGAGGAGAUCGAGCGGAUCAGGACAGAGGAGACCGAGCGAAUCCGUGCAGAGGAGCUCGAGAAGUUUAGGGCCCAGGAGGAAGCCAGGAUUCGAACGGAGGUCGAGCGAAUCAGGGCAGAAGAGGAAGCCAUCAGGGCAGAGCAAGAGGCCAGGAACAGGGCUCAAGUGGCUGCGCAGAUGCCAGCCUACGAAGAGGUGAUGCGAACUUCGAGAAGGGGCUCAAUUUCCAUGCUGCCCGCAGAGGAGGUGGAGACGCCCCGUCUUUCGCAGACUCGACGACGGGGCUCGAUGUCUAUGCUGCCAGAGCCGAAGCAGGAGACCGAGCUGGCUCGAGAGCCCAGUCAGAGUGGCAAGGCGCGGUCGGUCGCCCAGCCCAAGUUCUCGAAGGCGGCGCCCCGGUCGUCCAAGUCCGUGCCGCCCAAGCGAGAGCUUCGGGAGGCGCACGGCAGCAUCUCGAAGCAGGUGGUGAUCCCUUACAGCCAGCAGGUGGGCGCGCCGUACAUGCCACAGAUGCAGGCUGAGACGCCCAAGUUCGUUGAGGACCCGCCUUUGCUGGCCGAAGCUGUGCGGAAGGGCUCCUUGUCCCUGCUCCCAGACCUGGAUUUCGCCAAGGAGCCAGAGGAGGAGAUCAGACCCAAGUGGUCCCAGCACGAGGCACACUACCAGCCGCAGUACCUCCAAGCGGAUGAAAUGCCGCGCAUGGCGCAGGAUCAUCACUGGGAGGAGCUCAAGAAGGAGGCGAGCCGCGCCGAGGGCAACGUCACGCCCACCUCCGGCACCCAGACGCCCAAGACCAAGGAGGGCGUGUCGGAGGCCAACUCGGACAGCGGCCCUGAGAUGGAGCGGAUCUUCUCGCUCUCGGCGUUGGACUCUUUGCUGCAGGACCCCGAGGCCAAGGCGGACUUGCGGCACCACAUGGAGCAAGAGGAGCUGGAGGACCACAGGCCGAAGUACCAGAGCGAGCACCUCUCUACUCCCGUGGUGGUGGUGUCCUCUGAAGUGAACCCCUGGUCCAAGACGGGGGGCCUGGCGAUGGUGGCAGGCUCCUACGGCUACGAAUUCGCCAUGCGGGGGCACCGCACCAUGGUGGUGUCCCCCAGGUAUAGCGCCUACCCGGACGCCCACUACAUUGGCUAUGCCAAGAUCUGGCUGGACAACCGGGAGCAUGAGGUGCAGUUCUUCCAUUUGUAUCAGGAUCUCGGGGACGGCAAGGGCACGGACUACAUCUUCGUGGGCCACGAUUGCUUCAUGCGCGGAGGUUUGUAUGUGGACAACCAGGGCAAGGAGUACGAGGACAAUCUCUUCCGCUUCUCCUUGCUGACUGUCGCGUCGCUGGAGGCGCCCCUGGUCUUGAACAUCAGAGGAAAGACCUUUGGGCAGGACGUGCUCUUCAUUGCCAAUGACUGGCAGACGGGCUUGCUUCCGGUGUACCACUUGUACAAGUACCGGCGGAACAAUACCUACCGAAACUCCCGCUGCGCAUUUGUCAUCCACAACAUCGGCUAUCAGGGCAAGUACCGCAUCAGCAAGUUCCCCCUGGACACCUACCUCGGGCUGCCAGCGGAGGCCAUCGGGCUUCUGCAGGGUGAGGAUCUGAACCUGGGCGAGGACUGCAUGAAUCUGAUGUCCGCGGCCAUCCUGGCGUCCGACCGGGUGCUCACGGUGUCUCCCAACUACUCGGUGGAGAUUCAGAGCCCCGAGGGCGGACAGGGCCUUCACAGCAUCCUGCAGGAAAAGGGCCGUCAGAUGCGCAUGGCGGGCAUCCUGAACGGCAUCGCGGACGAGUGGAACCCCAGCGUGGACCCCCACAUCCCCAUGCAGUACAGCUUGAGGAACUUCGAGGAGGGCAAGGCCAUGUGCAAGCGGGACAUGCAGCGCUCGCUUGGUCUACACGAGGACCUCGGCGCCGCACUGCUGGGCUUCUGCGGCAGGCUUUGCUACCAGAAGGGCGUUCAGCUGAUCACUGAGGUGAUCCCCUGGCUGCUGGAAUAUGAGAGCAGCGGCGUGCUGGGCCGCGUGCAGAUCAUUCUCAUGGGCAAGGGCGAGGACAACUAUGCAACACAGUUGCGGGAGGCGGAGAACCAGAACAAAGGAAGAGUCUGUGGGUACGUAGGCUUCGACCCCAAAGUGGAGCACCGGAUGAUGGCGAGCUGCGAUUUUCUCCUGAUGCCUUCCCAGUACGAGCCCUGCGGACUUCCGCAGAUGUAUGCGCAAGCAUACGGCACCUUGCCGGUAGUACACGAGACCGGCGGCCUUAAGGACUCUGUCGCCGGUCUUUGGGAUGAGCAUCGUGACCGAGACACUGCCACGGGGUUCCUCUUUACUGGUUUUGACGAGAACCAUUUGAAGGAACGGCUCUACCAGGCGCUUGAAGUCUUCCACAAGAAGCAGGACCUAUUUAAGCAGAUGCAAAUUAACGGCAUGCGCAGCAACUACUACUGGCCGCAGGCCAUUGACGAGUAUGAGCGCCACAUUGACUGGACAUUGAACAGUUCUGCGGCGGUUGGCUAGGCCACUGCUGAACUUCUCGAUUAGAGAACGUUUCGGGUCCUCUGUGGCUCGCGAUUUGGUCCGUGUGGAGGGCUUGAAGCACCGGUGACUGGCUGGCUUUGGAGGUUGUUUUAGAGCGGACAGGCCAUGUUCAGCCGAAUAUGUCAGAACCCCCC